CUCGGUCGACUUCCGCACACGUGACUCUGUCAGUUGACUAGCCAAACACGGCGGGAGCUAGCCGGUUGUUAGCAUAGCACACAGCCAGGCGAGGCGACAUGGAGCACCGUCGCGUGGACAGGGUGGGCCUCCUGUCCCCCCUGGAGGAGUCGAGCGCCGAGAUCAGCCGAGACAGCGGCAUCGUCUCGCAAAGUGCCAGCAGCCUGUCGAUGGUGAGCGACAUCCUCAGCAGCGGCACCGUGUCACAGAGUCCCAGCUUCGGCGCGGCGGCUAACGUCGUCUCGCCCAGUUCGAGCCCCCGCGACGCCGAGCACGACCAGCGGCAGGACGACGAGGACCUGACCCAGACGGCCCUCGCGUAUUCCUCCUACGUGAGAGCGACGGCCGGGGAGGAGAUUCUGUUCUUGGAGAAAAGCCUAGAGGAAAUGCUGACAAGAGUGGACGAGUUUGUCGGCAUGCUAGAUAUGAUCCGUACUGAUACUUCCCAGAUAGUGAAUGAAAACCUACCUCAAAUCCAGCAGAAGUCUGAAGAAAUGAGACAGAUGUACAGACGGAUUGACAACUUAGAGGGUUUUGUAAAGAUGGUGGGAGCUAACAUCAGCAGCAUGGAGGAACAGGUCACACAGGCAGAGGGAGAGCUGGGAUCGCUACCGGGCGCGUUCAAGAAGAUCCUUCGCACAAUGAGCGUCCCAGGCUUCUUAAAUAAACCAAACAGCCAGAGAAGAGCGGUGCCGCAUCAGCGCCAAGAAAUCCCCAGGGUGUUCCGGACGGACGAUUACAUCACAUCCCAGCCUGAGCAGUGACCUGACUUAAGCACUCGGACCUCAAAGACACUCCCGGAAAAAAGCGUUGACAUUUUACUGCCGUAGAUUGCAAAGAGCAAUAACUUGUUUUCGCAAUCACUGGAGGUCCAUGGCGAGGUAUGCUUGCGUUUCGCUCUCAUGGCAGCAGCAAGCACUGAACUGUAGCAAAAACGUGAUUUUCUUUUCAAAAAGUGCCUGAACUGUUAUGUUACAAUGUUUUGUUUUUGCUCACCGUGAAGAAAACAAUCGUAUUUGUUAGCUUGAAGGAUCUUCCCAUACCGGCCAUUGCAGGUACAAUAAGAGGAAUUGAACGACAUGAAGAAUCAACACAGAUUUUUUAAAAUAUAAAUAUCAUUCCUGUUUGUUGUGUUUGUACAAAUCUGCAUGCUGUUAUGUCCAAUGUGUAAUCAGUCACCACAAGCAAUAUGGACUAUCGUCUAUUCUAUGGCUUCCAUUUCAACAUACUACUUUUGAGCUUACUGGCUGCAUAUUUUGUGCCGGAAUAUAUCAUUUAAAAAAUAAAAAAAAAGCACACUAAAUAUUUACAUGUCACAAGUGCAUCAAAGUUUUGCUUAGUAGGUAAAUGUGCCUAAGUUGUUGUUUUUUUUACACUGCUGGGAGCUUUUUGGCUAGACAACUGGACCUUACUUAAAGAUGUGACAUAUCAGCUUUGUUUAGCAAGCAAUGGCAGCAAUGGCUCUAUAAUUACUUGAGUCACGUGUGACCCAAAAACAUGACAUCACACGUUUAUUUUGAUCACAUUUUACAAACGCAAUUAAAGGUUUUAUAAUAUG